ACUAUUAUAUUUAACUAUAUUAUUAAUUUACCAGGGUUAAAGGAACCGUUAACUAAUACAGUCUAUAACAGUAUCUUUAUAGUAGUAGAUAAACUCUUUAAGCAAGCUUACUUUUUAUUAUAUAAGAAGUCCUAUACUAUAAAAGAUUUAAUAUAUCUUUAUAUGUAA